AUGCUCAUUCCCACAAUUAGGACAUUUUUCAAUGCUUCUGCAUCGUGCAGUCGACUAAUCGCACGAACCACGUAUUUGAAUGGCAUUUCUCAUCGAAUGAAGUCUGACGCAAUUCGUGGUGCUGUGAUUGGAAUUGAUUUGGGAACGACCAACUCAUGUGUGGCUGUUAUGGAGGGAAAGCAAGCAAAGGUAAUAGAAAAUGCGGAGGGUGUUCGAACGACACCGUCAACGGUCGCGUUUACGAAAGACGGAGAGCGAUUGGUUGGAGCACCAGCCAAGCGCCAGGCGGUCACUAAUUCGCAGAAUACCCUCUAUGCUACAAAAAGGCUCAUCGGUAGACGGUUCGAAGAUCCCGAAGUGCAGAAGGAUGUAAAGAUUGUUCCAUUCAAAAUUGUGAAAGCUAGCAAUGGAGAUGCUUGGGUUGAGGCCCAGGGCAAAAUGUAUUCUCCUUCACAGGUUGGUGCCUUCGUACUUAUGAAAAUGAAAGAAACUGCUGAAAGCUACCUUGGAACCACAGUGCACAAUGCAGUUAUUACAGUUCCAGCUUACUUCAAUGACUCCCAGAGACAGGCUACUAAAGAUGCUGGACAAAUUGCUGGUUUGAAUGUGCUUCGAGUCAUCAAUGAACCUACAGCUGCUGCUCUUGCUUACGGCUUGGAUAAGACAGAGGAUAAAAUUAUUGCUGUCUAUGAUCUUGGCGGUGGUACCUUCGAUAUCUCAGUGUUGGAAAUUCAAAAAGGAGUAUUCGAGGUCAAGUCGACCAAUGGUGAUACCUUCCUUGGUGGAGAGGAUUUCGAUCAUGCUCUUGUCAAUCAUCUAGUUGCUGAAUUCAAACGCGAGCAAGGAGUGGAUGCACGAAGUAGAAAGGACCCUAUGGCAAUGCAGCGACUGCGUGAAGCUGCCGAAAAGGCGAAGUGUGAGUUUAUCGUCCACCACCCAGACCGACAUAAAUCUUCCAUAUCUUACAAUGGACGCAGAACGAAGUUCGAGCAGCUUGUCGCGGACCUUAUCAAGCGCACGGUGGAGCCUUGCCGCAAGGCCAUGCAUGAUGCUGAGGUGAAGCCGUCAGAGAUUGCUGAGGUGCUUCUAGUAGGAGGUAUGUCUCGUAUGCCAAAGGUACAACAAACCGUCCAAGAGGUGUUUGGUCGCACCCCGUCGAAAGCUGUGAACCCCGAUGAAGCUGUAGCUAUGGGAGCCGCUAUCCAAGGAGCUGUCCUGGCCGGUGACGUUACUGAUGUGCUUUUGCUCGAUGUGACACCGCUUUCACUUGGUAUUGAAACACUUGAGCGUGAAUACGAAAGCUCAUUUUCACGUAACACUACAUAUCCCACAAAGAAACCAGGAUAA